AUGUUUUCAUUCAAAGAAAGGAUGGGGACAUUUGCAAAGUGGCCUGAAAACUACGGUGUGGCAACGCCCGAAAAGCUUUCGAUUGCAGGAUUCAUCUGUCUAUCUACUGAAGAGGACAACCUGACUGUGGAGUGUGUAUACUGCCACAAGACACUGGAGUGUUGGGAAAGGACGGACUUGCCGUCGAGAGAGCAUUAUUUGCACAUGAGCAAAUGCCCGCUCUUCAAUGUGAACAGGAUGGAGAGCAGAGUAAGUAUGUUUGAUGGGUGGGAUGCCAAGGAAGCAAAGGCACUUGCAAGAAUAGGGUUUGUUAAGUACAAUAUUGGGGAUGCGGAUUUUAUUUUUUGCUAUAAGUGCGGGUCUAUUGAUAAAUCCCAUCAGUGCAAGAGAAAGAGGGGAUGUGUAUAUAAUGUGGAUAGAAGCGUCAGCAUAUUCUUUUACAACUUAAUUGAGGGGGUCUAUAAUGAGGAGCUAACAGGAUAUAUCGAGAACACUAUGUACAUUCCACAACAGUCGAAGGAGUUCUUGGAGGCGGUUGCAGCGGCCUCUGGCAUGCCUGUCUUGAGGAGGAUUGGGGAUGUGAUAGACGAGUAUGUGAGCAGUGUGCUGGGGGAUAUGGAGAUAGCUAUGUCUAGUGACAUUGAGAGAGUUACUGAUGAGAUUGCCAAAGAGAUCCGGAAGAAGGGCCUGGGAUAA